AUGGGAACCAUCAAUUUACAGCCAGUUGUUCAGAGCGCAGCCCCACCCUUGGUUCCCAGCUCUCCCAUCACCUCUAAAGUCUUCUUCUUGGUUUUGCAGCCCGAACCCCAGCCUGGAGACCUGAUUGAAAUCUUCCGUGGUUUCUACUCACACUGGGCUGUCUACGUUGGUGGCGGAUAUGUGGUCCACCUGGCACCGUUACGGAAAAUUUCUGGAACUGGUUGGUCCAGUAUCAUGUCUUCAGCAGCCGGCAAGGCCAUAGUAAAGAUGGAACGACUAUGUGAUGUGGUUGGGAAAGAUCGGUACAAGGUCAACAACAAGCACGAUGACAAGUACAACCCAUUCCCUCCCAGCAAAAUCGUCCAGCUGGCAGAGAAGCUGGUGGGCUGCGAAUUGUGCUACCAUCUGAUCUGCAAGAACUGCGAGCAUUUCGUCAAUGAGCUGCGCUACGGGGUCUCCCGCAGCGACCAGGUGAGUCAUGUAUUGAAGAAAGUGCAGACAGCACUUGGAGCCUUAGCAGGUCGGGGCGCUGGGGAUACAGCAAAGUUGAAGACAAGUGAGGUCUCUGCUAAGGACUCAGGUCAUAGAUGCUGUCCCAGAAGCUAUCAUCAUGGAACCGCACCUGUUAUACACAAUCACUGCAACCAUCUGGGUCUGGAUAAAACUUUCUCAGUCUUGAGGCAUUCUUUUUAUCUAUUCUCAGCAGCCAGUUGAAAGGUAUAUAAUGCCUUGCUUAAACUAGUGAGGGGGGCACUCUUUCUACCCCACUUCUGAUAUCUAUGUCAGAAGCUUUCUCUAUCCUUUUACCUUAAAUAAAAAUC